GCGUCAUCGGUUUUUCCAGCCAGCGCUCGGCCGACUGCGCCCCCACGAAAGGAAGAAGGAAGGAAGGUGGGCAGCAAAACAGGGGGCGGCGCGGCGGGACGGAAAGCCGAGUAGAGAGAGAGAGAGAGAGAGAGAGAGAGAGAGAGAGAGGAAGAAGUCUCCGUUCUCCAAGUCUCAACCCCUCUCCGAGGUUGGUGGCGGCCGGCGGGCGAAGCAGAUCAGAUCCGCGGCUUUUCGGCGCAGGGGCGAGGCCCUCCCCGGAGCUUCGGCCAUCCGAUUCCGCAGCCCGCCUCUGCGAUGGUCUCUGGCUGCUGCUGCUGCUGACUGCGGUGAUGAAUUCGAGGCCGAUCGUGCUCGUCUUCCUCCUGCUCGUGCUCAUCAUAUCAUCGCAGUUCGAGUGGAAGCAGCAGAUCGGCGAGGCCGAGGCGAGCCCGGAUGCUACGCGGCGCAGGCAGCCAGCGCUGGUCGUAAGGGAAGACGCCGUUAAAGAGAAAAUAAUACUGGCGCAGGAGAAGAACAUCCAACAACUCACCGAGCUCAUCCAGAGCCUCCAGGUGCAGCUACUGCAUUGCCGUGGCAGCAACAACACUGCUCAGGGUGCCUCCUCGACUCAGUCUUCAUCCAGUUACACCGAAGCGGACAGACAUCAGAUAAUCGAUGACUGAUCGCCCAUCAGCAUGCCCAGGUCGUUUGCAUCAGCAGACGGCGAUCAAGGACAUGCUCCUGAAUGGAUAUGGAAGACACCGGGACCACUAUGUAGUUAGGGUCCUGGUCUCCUGGAGUCUAGGGAGCUGUCUUAGUGUACUGAUGUGCCUUGCUAUUGACAGCACUAUGACCACCGCCUUCACCCUCGGCUGUAUAGGGUUAUAUUGUAACUGUAUCAUGUAAAUUUAGCCCACCUUCCUCAUUGGGAUUGAGAUUGUACUCAUACAGAUUCCUGCCGCGAUCAUCAUCGAUUCUUUCCUUCCAUCUUCUACGAACAUCUGCAGCAGCCUGUAUGUGUAGAGCAAUUUCUCUGCGAUGUGGUGGUCUGCAGGAAAGAGGUAAAGCAGGCACUCUACAACCUA